CACCGCUGUCGGCCCGUCAACUCGACCUCUUUUGCCCAACUUCAACUCCAGAUCCGUCUUUUCACUGCUGUCCACCUCCGCUUCGAAACAGACUCCCCACAGCGGGCUCCCGUCGGCCGGGUAAGUGCUACACGCGUGGGCGCUUACGUCAGCCGAGGACCGAUUUCUACAAAGUGGCAUGCUUUCUCCAAGUUAACGUAUCUUCCCCGAUGCUAAUACCUUCUUGGUGCCUUGGCGUAGUAGUAUGCGUGACAGAAAGCUUUCCAGUUCAACAGCCGUUUUCGUUUCUUUCCAUUACUACUGCUCUUAUGUCUGCUGCUGAAGUUAAGCAUAGAGUGUCACCGUUGACGCCCGACAUACAACCAGAGACGUCUGAGUCUGAUCUACAGGACACAAUGUCGCAGUACCACGAAUUCUUCUGGACCAACGAAAAGGACCCACACAUUACUCGGAGAAAACAGAUACUGAAAAAGCACCCGCAAGUCACGAAGUUAACGGGACACGAGCCGCUGACCAAGUGGAUUUCUCUAGGCGUCGUGUUGCUGCAGUUCACAAUCGCAUAUUUGCUGCGCAACACUCACCCGUUGUCCUGGUCGUUCUUGCUCACGGCGUACUGGAUCGGAGGCUUUGCCAGCCAGAAUUGCUUUCUCUGUAUCCACGAGCUCUCGCACAAUUUGGGGUUUAAGAAACCAAUUCAUAACAGACUCUUCUCCAUCAUCUCGAACCUACCCAUCGGAAUACCUUACUCCGCGUCAUUCCAGCCUUAUCACCAAUUGCACCACAAAUUCCUCGGCGAUGAAGUCUACGACACCGAUUUGCCUACUUACGUGGAGGCCAUGCUGCUUUCUAACGUCUUGGGUAAAGCAUUCUUUGCCACGUUUCAGAUCUUUUUCUACGCGUUUAGGCCCAUGUUCAUCACCUCGAUCGAAUUUACAACCAUCCAUUUGCUAAACGUCGUUGUCCAAUUUUUUGCCGACUAUUUGAUCGUAACGCACUGGGGCUGGUAUUCUCUCUUUUAUUUCCUGCUUUCUUCCUUUUUCGCAGGCUCGCUACACCCAACUGCUGGUCACUUUGUUGCCGAACAUUAUGUCUUCAAUCCACCGAAGCUGUUUACACCUUUUGAAACCAGACCUCCGGCUGAGACGUACUCCUACUACGGGCCUUUGAACUUCUUUACUUGGAAUGUCGGCUAUCACACCGAGCACCAUGAUUUUCCAUUCAUUGCAUGGUCGAAGUUGCCUAUUUUGAGAAAAACGGCUCCUGAGUUUUACGAUGAUUUGCCUCAGCACAAGAGCUGGUGCUGGGUGAUUGUAGAUUUCAUCGUUAACUACGAUGUCACCAUGUAUAACAGGGUGAAGAGACAUACCGCAGGCCCUGUAGCCAGGAAAACUGUCGACUACAACGAUAACUCUAAGUAAACUUUCCAGUGCCCCCCACCUUGAGCCCUUGUUAUAUAACUUGAUCUUUUUACGCAUACACCUAUAUAUCCAACCCCCCAAAAUACUGCA